GCCAUGGAGGCCCUGCGGAAGGUCCACGAGGCCGUGCUCCGACUGCUGCUGUGCGGGCGCUGGGUUUCGGGCUCCGCCUCCGGCCCGAAGCCCCGCGCCUCGGAGGUGCUGACGCGGCAUCUGCUGCAGCGGCGCCUGCCGCACUGGACCUCCUUCUGCGUACCCUACAGCGCCGUCCGUAACGACCAGUUCGGCCUCUCGCACUUCAACUGGCCCGUGCAGGGCGCCAACUACCACGUCCUGCGCACUGGCUGUUUUCCCUUCAUUAAGUACCACUGCUCCAAGGCUCCCUGGCAGGACCUGGCCGGGCAGAACCGGUUCUUCACCGCGCUCAAGGUCAUCAACCUCGGAAUUCCCACUUUAUUGUAUGGAGUUGGCUCCUGGCUGUUUGCAAGAGUCACAGAGACUGUGCAUACCAGUUAUGGACCAAUAACAGUUUAUUUUCUAAAUAAAGAAGAUGAAGGUGCCAUGUAUUGAAACGCUGUGCAUCGGCAAACAUAAAUAUCAGUGGAUUUUCUCUUGUGUAUAUGUGUGAUAUUUAUUUUUGAUCCUUUAAAAUAAAACUUUUGCAAACACCUUUUUUUUUUCUGUGGUGUUUGGUUCUUUAAGAUAAAUCAUUGCCCUCAAGAGGCAAAGCUCUUCAUACAUUGUUAUCUAUUGCAUACUCUACUUAGCCAAGGGGAAGUACAAACACAUGAAGCUUCACACUGAUUUUUUUUUUUCCUAGAGCUAGGUUAAAUGACAGAUAAAAAAUUAAUGUAUACAGAUUCCGUAGUUAAGUAUUAACAAUUUAAAUCAACUCUUUAAAGAGAAAAAUACAGACACUUAAAACAAAGGAGGAAGGGAAAAAUUUUUCAAAUAACUUUGGAAAAAGAAAAAGGAUACUAGAA